AUGGAGGGUCCCCAAAGCAAGGAAAAUUACCCCUCCUUGACAGAACUAUGUGUGAUCUAUGGUGGAGAGAGUGAGUUAGGCAAGGAAGAUAGACAAAAGAGCGAGGUCACACCAGAAGGAAACAGAAGGAAAAAGGAAAGACUAGAAAGGAAAGAAGGAGUAUCGAUAGGCCACACUAGCCAUCUAAGCAUCAAAAAAGAAUGUGAUGAAGAUGAAGAUGAUGAAGAUGAAGUCAGAUCGAUGCUUGAGACCCUGCUGAGUAUGGAGAGGAGGGGAGAAUGCGAAGGAGAGAUUUGGAGGGAGAAGGAAGGGCCUUUUAUACCUGAGAAUCAUCAGUCAUCAGAGCCUGGAUCAUCGUUCACAGUCCAGUGCCUCCGUUCACUCUAUACAAGGGAAUCAGGGAGGAGAUCGUGGAAUGAGGGCUUCAAACCUGGAGAUGGUGAACGGUCGAGGAGUGUGAACGGAGAAAAGAGUGAACGGGACGAUGCGACAGAUACCAUUCCACGGAGUCUCUCGUAA